CGUGACUGCUAAUAAACCACGCGUCCGCUAACGGAGACGAUGAUGCAACUGGAAUUUCGCUUGCUGAACUUGGGCCAGCGUCCAAGCGUAACUCAGACUGCAGUAGCAGAAGGAAUACAUAGUCUUUGUGUCCAUCGUAUAGAGAAGCUAUGCGGUCUCCGUCCGCAGUAAUCUUGCUCCUGGCUGGAGCAAGCGCCGCAUGGGCAAAGUCAUCCUCCGGUGAUCACCAUUGGACGCCCGAAGUUGCUCUGAGAGGUGUAGACCCAGCAAAGAAAACCUUAUAUACCGCUGCCGAAGCUUCGGAUACUUUCAAGUGCCUGGAUGGGUCAAAGUCGAUACUUUUCGCCUCGGUGAACGACGACUAUUGCGACUGCCCCGAUGGGACCGACGAGCCAGGAACGUCGGCGUGCGCGAACGGGGUGUUUCACUGCAAGAACGAGCGUCACGUCGGCGCGGACAUCCCUUCAUCACGCGUCAACGACGGAAUCUGCGAUCCCGAAUGUUGUGAUGGGUCCGAUGAAUAUCUCGGAAUUGUGAAAUGCCCCAAUACAUGCAUGGAAGUCGGCGCGGCUCAUCGAAAGGAGGUUGAAGCUCAGAGAGUACUACUAGCAGAGAGUGAAAAAAUUGCCAAAGGUUACGCCGAAUAUGCGGCCCAGCAGUCGGCAAGUCGAGGAGGUGAAAUAGCCAAGUUGGAGCGCAAGCUGCGGGACCUCAACGCGCGUGUGGAUGAAUUGAAGGAGUUGAAGAAGGCAGCUGAAGACUUCGCCGAACGGGAGAAAGGCAGAGGUGGAGCCGCCGACUGCUGUCCCAAGAUCGAAACGUGCAAGGCUUUGAUAGAGCAGCAUACCGAGAUUGUCGACAAAUUGGAUAAUCGCCUGGAAUUCCUCAAGGAAGCUGCCCAGCAGUUUGAGAAUUUUGCGGAAGAGUCCAUAUCCGAAGACGAUGCAGCCAAGAAAGCCUUUGAUUUGUACUCAGAGUACAAGGCGCUUGAAGAACCGGAUGUUGAGGUGACCGAUCCCGACGCCGAAGAUUCUGAAGGGGACACGUGUUGCGCAAAGCUUGACAGCUGCCGCGCUAGCCUUUCCAGGAAACGGGAUGAGUUCUCGCGAGGCAAGGAAAGACUGAACCAGCUGGUGGCCGCUUAUGCAGCUCUGGAAGCGAUCAGACCCGAAAUCGGAAGUGCUGACAGCGCUGUGAAGAGCGUGAAUCGCAAAUACGCUGAUUACCUACAAAUCUUCAACAAGGAAGAAAUAGCGGCUCUCCCAAACGCCGCGGAAAUAGAUGAUGAGAAAUCUACGAACCAGCCGACGGAAGAGGAAUGCAAAGACCCUCUCACGAAGAUUACCCGGUGUUUGCCUGGAAAGGCUGUCGAAUCCGCCAAGUCUCUGUGGAGCAAAGUUGUGACACAGGUCAAGAAGGUGACCGAAGGCGAAGACAAUACAGCGUUGGCACAUGAUGCCGGGAAGGCCGCUGCCAAGUUGUCCAAAGUGGAGUCCGAGAUCAGCGAUGUGCAGGGGCAGCUGGAUGAAAAGAAGAAGCUGCGGGACACCGAUUUUGGACCCGCCGGUGUAUGGGAGAAGAUCUUCAAAGAUUGCGUCAGCCUUGACACCUCCGAGUACACCUACGAGGUCUGCUUGCUAGACAGAGCGUCACAAAAGCAGAAGAACGGGGGCCAUGGACCCAGCCUCGGCUCGUUCCAAAAGUGGGGACGACGAGAUGGAAAAGAGACAGCGGCAGACAAGUACAAGUAUAUGAUGUACGACCACGGCGAGAGGUGCUGGAAUGGACCUGAGCGUUCAGUCCAGGUCCAAGUUGAAUGCGGCAGGGAAACGAAGCUGCUCUCCGUCGUGGAAAUGAGUAAAUGUGAAUACGAUGCCAAAAUGACUUCACCGGCCGCGUGCGAGCUUGCAAAGAAGAGUGCCCACUCGUCAUCUGGGAAGGAGAAUGUAAAGGACGAGCUGUGAGGAUAAACGGCAGUUCCUUGAUUCCCAAUGCAUAUCCAUUUCUACUAUCUGUACUAUACAGUUCCCCCGGUAGCCCCUGUCCCAUACAUAUAUGUACAUGAGCGCCCUAUUUCUGCAUAGUUACUCUAGCGUAGCAGAAUCCGGUCGGUGGAUGUAGAGCGACG